AUGUUUAACUUUUACUAGCUUAAAGAACUUGUAAUGAAUUCUUACUAGGAUAUAAUUUUUGAGUCUAACAUUGAAAAUUAAAAAAUAAACAUGAUUGGAGCUAUUCUCUUUGACGAGAAAAUUAAUCUUUGUAAAAAAUAGCUUAGAAAUACUUUAAUUCAAACUGGAGAUUUCUAUGAUUUGUUAUGUGGGGAUUAUAUUCCAUUGAAAAAACUAGAAAUUAUGUCUAUACCUCUGAUAAGUCUUAAUUAAGAGUUAUAAAAUAGCUUUAUAGAGCUUUUUUAAAUAAAUGCGUUUGGUUUAGAUCUUCAAUAUCUGGCUAGUGUAUUUAUCUAAGUUCUAGAUUUUUAGAAUAGAAAAAUCUCAGAUUUUCAAAAGUAGGCUCUAAAUAUCCUCAGCAAUUCUUAAAGGCUUAAAUAGAUUAAAGAGCAACAAAAAAUCAAGCAAACUAAUUACUUAUCUGAAGAUGUUUGUGUAAUUUUUUCUUCGCUUUUGGAUAAUAAUUAUAUCGUUAACAAGGUUUCAAACACCUUUUUCUAGAUAUUUGGGAUAAAAGUAGAUGCAAUUCUUGGCAAAUAGUUGAAUUUAUUAGUACCAAAUAUAGUAAAAAAGCAUCAUAAUAAAAUGAUCUAGAAAUUUAUUGAUCAAGAAUCUCUUAAUAUAGUUUAAAAAGGAGAAAGACAUACUUUUGCUCUUGAUAAAAAGGGAUUUGUUUUCCCUAUCACUUUAAGAUUGAAAAUUGAAAUCUUUGAAAAUGAUAUUGGCGUUUGUACUUUGCUUUAACGAUUUGGCAAAUAAAAAUCAUAUAUUUUAUUUGAAGAGGAUGGCAAAAUCACAGACUUUUCAAAAAAAAUAUUUACUGAUAUUUUUUAAUCCUCGGAUCCUAAAAUUGAAAUUUUGUAAAAUGCCUUCAGUUUGAUACCUUCACUUGAAACUGUGAUGGAGAGCAAGUAGUUUUAUAUAUAAUUUUGCAGUAAUUUAGUGGUUAAUAGAGAAUUAAUAAAAAAAUAAAAGCAACAGAAGGAAUAGCCUUCUCCUACUAAAUCUGAUAAUAAAAAUAGUAAAAGAGCCUAUUCAAUAAACGAUGAUGUAUUUUUGAUUUAAUUUAAGGUAGGAGUGAACACCACCAAUAUAAAUGUAAACAUAAAUUAUGUUGAAAUUGACUUUUACGAAAGAGAAGUAAAUGAAAUGAAAAAAAGAAGAAUAAUUUAAUAAUUAAACUAGCUAUAUAAUCUUAAAGAGAACCAGUAAAGUUAAAGUAAUUAUAACUUCCAGAUUCCUGAUUUGAUUAACAGCUACUCAAAUAGGCAAGCUACUUAAAUAUCUUUCAACUAUGAUUUAAGCCCUACUAAAACUAUGUUAAAAACUUUUUUUUAAGAUGAAGAGAGCAUUAAAUCACCCACUUAGUUUAGUCCUUUAAGAAUUCAAAGAAGAAGAAGUAACAAACAUAAAAGAGCUUAGAGUGUUAAUAAUAAUCAUUAAUCACAAUAAAAUAUUUCAUAUCUUUUACAGUAAAAAUCACUUUAAGAAGAUUUAGGGCUCUCUUCUUAAGGAGAAAUAUAGCUUGUUUCUUUGUAAUAAAAUAAAUAAGCAGAAGAUAAACAAGAAAUAAAUAUGAAUUUAUUCUCAAAGAUAGAUGAAUAAAAAACUGAUAUACCUUUCUAAACUUUUAGGACCACUCAUUAACUUUAAAUCAAUACAACAUAGGAAGGUGAGAGCAUUAAAUCACCUUGCUACUAAGAUGGCAAUGAAGGUAUAGAAUCUUUUAAGAAUAUUUAAAUUGGUUAAAGGGAGAAGAUGCAAAAUUUUUAAAAAUACUAUCAUGAAUUUUACUAAAAUUAAGAAAGUUCAUUAAAUAAUCUAAACUUAUUUCAAAACAACAAUAUUAUGCUCUAAGAAUACAAUAAUUAUUCAGUUUAAAAGUAAAAAACUUUAUUCUAUAAUAACCUUAAUUAAAUUUAUGAUGAAGAGUCAGAAUCUUAAGAAUCAAGUCUAAAGGAUAUUAGAAUAAAUAGAAUCAAUUUGAGCAGUACUGAUUCUCGUAGCUAAGAGAAUUAAAAGAAAGAGUAAAUGAAUGAAAUUGCAAGUGUAAACUCAAGUAAAUUCAGUUUAUUUGAGCUCAUGAAAAGGUCUAUGGUUAAAAGAAUAUAAUCGAAAGUAUAUACGAGAGGCUAAAAGCUUAUGAUUAUUACAGGGAUUCUUGCCUUUGUGACUUUAACUAUAGCUACAAUUUUAAUGUACUAAGAGAACAUUAAUAGCUUAGACUAAUAUGUUUCAUCUUUUUUGAAUAUAGAUAAUGCAAUCUACUGUUUUGUUGAUGUUAUGAAUAUUUUAGCUUUAAAGAAUUAUUCAAAAUUACUUUCUUCUAAAAAAAAUCCUUACAUUAUUGAUAACUUAACAAUAUAAAAACUUGAAAAGAAAAAUGUAAAAACAAUAGAGUUUCCUUUGGUUCUUAAUAAUUAUAAACAAAAUUUAUAAUAACUUGUUUUACAUAAUGACAAUGAAGAAUCAAUUAAUGAACUAUAGAAUAACCUUUUUUUAGUUUAAAAAUUCACUGUUGGCUUUUCUGACUAGGAUGACUAAUUGAAUUAAAUAAGCACAAAUGUUACUCAGAGUUUGUAAUAUACUUUGAUGGAAUACUACUAUUCUAUUUAUAGGUAUACAAUAAAACUUGAAGAAGCUUAAGAAAACUUUAUCUGGACUAACCUUAUUGAAUUAAAAAAAAGAACAAGGAACUUGCAGUCAAUUUUUUACCAAUAAGUCAACAAACAAUUUAAUAAAAUGAAUAAUGAAUAAACAAUGAUUAUUAUAUUAAUCGUCAUAAUUAGCAUUUUUAUGGUAAUGGCAAUAAUUCCUUUAAGCAUUAUAAUAUAAAUGCAAAAAGAAAAAAUUAUGAAACUCUUAGGUUCAUUCCAACCUUAGAUACUUGAAUUUCAAAUAAAACUUAUUGAAUUGGCUAUUUUUAAAAUAGAUAAUAUCCAUUUAGUCAAUAAAGUUAAUAAGAGUUUCUCAAUGAGCAACAAAUCUUCUAAAAAAAACAGUAAACAAAUAAAACUCUUAAUGGAAAUGGCUCUAGAAGGGAGAGUAGACACUUAGACUAAUCAAACUAGUAAGUUCAAUUAAGAAGUCAAUGAAUAAAUACCAAAAUACAUUAAAAGACAGUAAAACAAAAGAAAAAGAUCUAUCGCAUCUUUUAGUAGUUUACCAAAACUUAGCUUCAAAAUCCUUUUAAUGAGUGUUGUUGCAAUAAUACUUUUAUUGGCUUAGCCAUUUUUAAACAUAAUUUAAUUUAAUCCUUUUCAAGAAGAGUCAAAAGCUACCUUAGAAGAUAGAAUUACUUUAAUUAGCAUUUAUUCUUGUUUAAUUGAAAAUUAAACUCCUCAUUACGAGACCUUAUACAUGACAAUUCUUCAGAAAUAUCUUCCUACCGAGACUUAUUAUUACUAUUAUAUUCAGAACAUAACUGAUUAGAAUUAUUAAUCUAUUUUAGCAAUAUCCAACUUGACUUAAAGUCUGCAUAUUCCUAGAUAUAAUGAGCAGAGAUUUGAAGAAUUUUACAAAACAAUUCUUAAUGGAGACAUAUGCUCUGUUAAAGAAUCAUAUCCACAAUAUUUUAACUCAAAUGUAACUCAUGUUGAUUGUAACAGAUUAUUUGGUGGAAUGCUUAACAGAGGAUUGCUUCUUUCAAUUAAAAAGGCUUUUGAUACAUUUUAAGAACUAUACGAAAUGUAUUCAAUAACAGAUUUAGAUAUACUGCUAAACAAAUGGAUUUAAUUCCAGCAAUAGUACUCUUACAUAGAUUUUUUUUAGUUUGUAAAAGUGAUCACAGAGACAGUUAAUGGCAUCAAGUAAUACUAAAAUGACUUGCUAUAUGAAAAUAACUUUAUCUAGUCUUAUUUCAAAUAAGUCAAAAUUAGUAAAAAAAGUUGA